CCGGCGUACGUCAUGGCGGCCAGACGUUUAUUCGGGGCUACCCGAACCUGGGUCGGCCGGCGUGCUCGGGAUCUCGUGGACCUCUCCGCUCCUGGAAGACUCCUUGUACGGAAUUAUGCCAAGAAACCGGUCAUUAAGGGGAGCAAAGGCGGCAAAAGCGGUGUGGUCAGUGAUGCCCUGAAGGACCCAGAGGUGUGCACAGACCCUGUCCGGCUCACCACGCAUGCCAUGGGUGUUAACAUCUACAAAGAGGGACAGGAUGUGCUCCUGAAGCCGGAUGCCGAGUACCCCGAGUGGCUGUUCCAGAUGAAUGUGGGGCCCCCCAAGAAGCUGGAGGAGCUCGACCCUGAGACCCGGGAGUACUGGCGGCUGCUGCGGAAACACAACAUCUGGCGACACAACCGGCUGAGCAAGAACCAAAAGUUUUAGUGGGGGAGGGGACAGGAGCACCCUGACCCAAGGACCUUGCAAGGACUCCAGAGGGGAACAACAACACCUCCCCCAUUCUGCCCCAUGAAAAACUUUAUUUUCCUGGAGAAAACAGACUUUUUCUUACCUGCGUUCUGUGUGGCCUCCACAGUGAACCUGGAUCAGGGUCCUGGGGACCAAUAAAGACCUUUUGGGGUUGUCAUUUGCAGGUCCUA